ACCGAAAUUUGCGGAGCCCCCAGUGAGAAGUCAUGGCGCCUGACGGCAGGUCGGAAACAGGAUUUUCUCUGCAUUUUCCGUCCUGCAAGGUCGGAGACGUGCUGAAUCUCUCCCAGACUCCUCGCAGAAACUUUGUCUACCAGGGAGAGACCAUCGACGUGCUUCUGAUCGCCAAGUAUUGCGAGGAAGACCGAGACGAGGAGAGAAUACGUGCCUGGCGGGACCGUGUUUUGGAGCUGAGCACUGCCGCCACCGCCACGAGUUUGUUUCAGUCACAGGACAUUUGUCACCACGAAGGGGGCCUGGAGAGGGGGACUGUUCCUGUUUCCAACGGAAAACAAGACUUCAGAGACUGUGUACCGCUCCUUCUGCACAACAGCUCUGCGAAAGAUCAAGCAGAAAAGGGUGAGGACCCAGUGACUGUAUCAGAUGACACCGUAGUCUUCCCACUGAGAGUCAGUCUGGACAAGCUUCCCGUCGGAACAAAAAGGGUCGGCGUUUCCGUCGUGGUCUGGAACCCAGAGGUCGACAGUGGCGAGGAGGAUGCAGAGGAAAACUCGAACACUCCUGCUGAAUCUGUGGAGGAACAGGUCACCAAGGAGGUCAAGGAGUCUUCAGAUGUCAAAUGCCAUGUCCUGAUUCUCCUCUGUCAGUACCACUCAGAUCGAGUUACAGAGACAUUCCCCUUGUUACCUCCCCCACUGGUGAAGUGCAGGAAGGUUUCGGUUGGUAGGAAACACUUUCUCAUUAUCAAAGUAUACAACUCGUCCUGUGAAGACGUCACUGUUCAUCAGCUACAGAUCAUUCCAAACUGCAACGCUGCUUUCCAGCACGACAGUGCAGAGAAGACCAGUCCUCAGCCAAAUAUUCAAACACCUAGCAAAAGAACAGCAGAAGGCGGCCUGUUCUCUCUAGUGCACACCGACCCUUCCCAGCUGCCCUCACACCUGCAGCCGCUGGAGGAACUCUGUCUCGUCUUCCAGAUCGUCGUCAACGACAACUGGAACGCUGGCAAGUAUGAGUCACACGAGUCAGCCCUACUUCUCCUUAUGCUGUGGCAGCCUGGGAAAGCUGUCAACUCUAACAGCAGUGAAGAGCACAUCCACACACACUACAGGUGA